AUGCUGCGACAAAAGUUUAACUUCACAGGAUUCGAGCUUCGACCUUACGGCAGUGCCGUGACUGGCUUUGCCAAUAAAUAUUCGGACGUUGAUUUGUGCGUCAUCGACAAAAACCCCGAGAAAGACUUUUCUGCGUCAGCUUCUUAUCAAGAAAACUUCCAAGAGUGGCGAAAAGAAGCGAGGAUGAUCAUGAUCGAGUUGUACGAAGCAAUGAAUCCCCAGAGAUCGAAGAGCUGCCUCAUUCCUGGAAUCAUUUCUCAACAGCUCUUGAGCCACGCAAAGCAUCCGAUCAUAAAGUCCGAAUUUGCUCCAUUGAAUUUGGAAUUCGACUUUAGUUACAUGGACCCGUCACUUUUGUCCAUGGCAAAGGAAAUUGAUAGAAAUAGUCUGUUUAUUCAAAAGCUUGAAAUCCUAAUUGAAAUCAAGGAAGAGUACUCAUAA